AAAAUACUAACAUUACUUGCAAAUGGUAUAUAAAAGUCGAAUUUAAAUGCAAAAAAUUAUUCCUUGCUAACUUGUAGACCGACAGUUAGCUAAAAAUGAGCUUAAGGACAGCCGCUGUCUUCUGGCUGGCACUAGUAGUAGCCGCAACAUAUACAGAGGGAUAUCAGGGGAUUUACAAACGCUCAGCAAAUCGAGAAUGUAAAAUCGUGUGCAAAACACCCGGUGGAGGUGAAACAAGCACCGUAACCAUUCCGACAUCUGCAACAUCGGCAACACCUGCAACUCCAGCAACACCGGCAACUCCAGCAACACCGGCAACUCCGGCGACACCGGCAACUCCGGCAACACCGGCAACUCCUGCAGGUACCGAAGGUACUACCGCAGGGGAAGAAAGCACCACCGAAGCAUCAACUCCGGGCGGUGGGGAAACUACUUCGGAGGGAUCCGAAACCACCACGCCCGCCCCAGUGACGGAACCAGAGGAAACUACCACACCUGAUAAUUCUUCUUCGCCCUACCCUAUCACGACUGAACAACCCGCUGAAACUACGACGGGUUCUGACGACAAUGGUUCCACUACCGAAAGUUUCCCAGCCUGUCCAUGCUUCUGCAGCGCUGGCGGAAGAACCUUCAGAGGAGGACCCACAGAACAAUCGCGUUCCCAUCACUCCUCACUGAACCAUUUCGCGAGCAACAGACAUCACGGAGCGCCUCACCAAUCUCACCUGGCGCCCAACCAAGACAGGAGCCACGAUCACCAUCUUCACGCUGAAGCCAAGCACCACCAAGCGGCUCAGCACCAGGACAGAGCCCACGGCCAUCAUCUUCACGGCGAAGCCAAAGAGCACGUAGCUCAUCACCAGGAGAGGACUCACGGAGGUCAUCAACAGGAGAGGACUCACGGAGUCCAUCAACAGGAGAGGACUCACGGAGUCCAUCAACAGGAGAGGACUCACGGAGUCCAUCAACAGGAGAGGACUCACGGAGCUCAUCACCAGGAGAGGGCUCACGGUCACCAGCUCCAUACUCAGGAGAAACACCACCAGCUUCAUCAAGGGAGUGUUAGAGAACACCAAGCUCACCAUCAAGAGGAGAGGAAGAAUUAAUAAUGCUUAUAAUUUGUAAACAAUUAUUAUGUGUAUGUAAGUAGGUAUAUAAAUGACGCAUUUUUACAUUAAAUAGGAACUGUAGAAGACUUGUAGAGGUGGAUUAUAUUAUAAUAAAUGAUAAUUUUCGAAGCUCAAUGUUAGUUUUUUAGUCAGGUAAAAAUUUUACAGAAAUCGUG